UGUGCUAACUUGGUUCCUGCUCGAUCUAGUUUCAUCCUUCAACACUGAUUUGGUGCAUCUAUUCCAAGAGCACAAUACAGAUAUAUUUAAGAAAGGAUUGACUUUACACAACAUCUCCUAUUACUUGAGUUAUUUAAAGUUGCUGAGAAUAUUCACAAUUCUGCAAUACAUCGAACGACUGCGCGAUGUAAAUCACCUUAAAUCCAAUCUAAUUGCAAUAUUAAAUGCUUGUAAUGUCAUGGUUUUCAGUACAAUCAAUGGAGCAUUUACAAAUUCAAAAUGUUUAAGUUAAUUAUAAUGUUUAUACUAAUAUUCAUAUGGUGCAUGAGUUUGAUACACAUGGUAAAUCAAAUGCCGAACUCGGGGAAUCUCCAUGAACUGUCGCCAUAUUACAUAUUGAGGAAUUCGGAGAGAAUCGUCUAUAUGCUUCUCUUGUUUGGAUCUCCAGGAACUACCCAACAUUUACCUACAGUUAUUCUUGAAAUUUUUAUUUUAACCAUCGGUUUUACACUGCAGCUAGUAGUCGUCGCUCAAAUAUUGCAAAUAGUCACUAAGCAUAGUUUGUCUGGGAAUAAGUAUUAUCAGUUGACGCAGCAGCUGGAGGAGUUUAUGCGCUACAAGAAUUUGCCUGAUAACAUCCGGGCGAGGAUUAUGAGCUAUUUCGAUUUUCGCUUCCAGCAAAGCUAUUACAAGGAGGAUGAAAUUUUGAAGAUACUAUCGCCACAGUUAAGACAGGAAAUGCUUGUGCACACUUACAUGAAUCUUUUGGAGAAGGUGAACAUCUUUGAUGACAUCCCGAUGGCUAUCAUCUGCAAGAUUAUUUAUAAUAUGAAGCAGGAGAUAUAUUUACCAUCCGAUGUCAUUGUUUCCGCUGGAACGGUAGGAGAUUCGAUGUAUUUUAUUGCUUCUGGAACGGUCGCCGUUUAUACUUCCACCGGGAAAGAGGUUUGUUUGUUUCCUACUGAAUGGAUGUAUGUAUUUAAAUUGAUUUUUUUGCAGAUUUGCCAUCUAUCCGAUGGAGCGAAUUUCGGAGAGAUCGCCAUCAUCAUGGAAAACGAACAGAGAGUUGCCAGCGUUGUCGCAAUAGAUUGCUGCGAAGUGUUCAUACUGCAUAGGAAAGAUUUUUUGAAACAAAUUGAGAAGUACCCGGAAAUUUAUGCAAGGAUGCGGAAAAUGGCUCAAGAUAGAGUUAGGAAGACGCUCGUAGCUACGUUCGGUGUUGAUGACAGUGAUUCCGAGGGCGACAAUAUAUCUAGAAAAUAUUCAGGACGUUAUCUAAUUUGAUAUUAUAAGUAUUAAAAAUAAAUUUAAU